GACUUGGACGAGUGCAAAAGCGCGCCAAAUCCAGGCUGCUGCUCCCUCUCGCGCAGCGGGGCCCGUGACUCUUCUCACGCCUGUGACCCUCCUCACGCUCGUGACCUCCUCACGCCCGUGACCUCCUCACGCCCGUGACCUCCUCACGCCCGUGACCUCCUCACGCCCGUGACUCUCCUCACGCCCGUGACCUCCUCACGCCCGUGACCCUCCUCACGCCCGUGACCCUCCUCACGCCCGUGACUCUCCUCAUUCCGUGACCUCACCACGCCCGUGACUCUCCUCACGCCCGUGACCUCACCACGCCCGUGACCUCCUCACGCCCGUGACCUCACUAUCGUGACCUCGCUUUAACGUUUUACUGAACAGUUGGAGCAGCAGCAGCAGGAGCAGCAGCUGGGAGCAUCAACAGAAGAAGCAACUGGCACAGCAGCAGGAGCAACAGUAGCUGAAGAAGCAGCUGGAGCAGCAGCAAGUUCAGCAGGAGCAGCAGCAGCAGGCGAUCCGGGGUGCAAUGAUGCAGCGAGUGUCACGCCUGGCACGGGAGGUGGAGCGUCUGGCGAGCGAGCCCCCGCCCGGCGUGUCGUGCUGGCUCUGCGACGAGGCGUCCGGGGAGCUGCGUGCCCAGAUCCUGGGAGGUGCGGGCACUCCCUACGAGGGAGGCAUCUUCAGCUUGGAGGUGCAGAUACCUGACAGGUAUCCAUUUGAGCCCCCAAAGGUGACGUUCCUGACGCCCAUCUAUCACCCAAACAUCGACACGGCCGGCCGAAUAUGCCUCGACAUCCUCAAGAUGCCACCUAAGGGCGCGUGGAGGCCCUCGCUGAACGUGUCCACAGUCCUCACGUCCGUGCAGCAGCUGAUGGGGGAACCUAACCCGGAUGACCCGCUCAUGCCCGACAUCUCGGCCGAGUUUAAGUACAACAAGCCAUCUUUUGUCAGCACGGCCAAAAGCUGGACACAGAAGCAUGCCAUGGCGGAGAAGGUGGGUCCUGAUGUUGAGAAGGCCACAGGAGGAGACAUCGACCGGGCACCUCAGGAGGCUGUGCCUUUGUUGAGGGACAAGAAGCAGCCCUCCGAAGACGAGGCUGGACAUCACGAAGCCAAAAGAGUGCGGCUGUGAGCCCGAUCUCCUGGCCGCCUUGGCUCGGUGCACAAUUGUCAAGGAAUGCUAGUCACCAAAAUCGUGCCCUUAUUUGGAUUUUUAUGAAAGAUUGGUUAUAUUUUUUUAGCUCUCUGAUGUGUUUUCUUGCUCGUGCCACGUGUUGUUCAGCAUAAUGUCCAAUGUCUCGCUGCAAUGGGCUGGGAGCCUCUUCAGGGACUGCAAAUGAAGAAGCUUCCAGCACAUGUUGGACAGAACGCUGAACAAUAACUCAACAACACAUCGGAGAGCUACACAGGAGCAUGGCUGCAAAAACCUGAGCGGUAUUGUUUUUAUUUGCGUGUUAUUUUUUUGCCAUCACAUUUCAAUGGGAUGGAGCAGUCGUAUAGUGGUUGGUGUGCUGCUGCUGCGCUAUGAACCUUGGUGCAAUAACCAAUUAACAGUUUUUUUAGUUUAACCAGGGUGAGAACUCCAGACCAGAGAUAAGUCUAAUUUGUGAGCGUCACCUGGGUCGCCAAUAUGGCAAAAGCAAAAUAUAAAAACUAAAAUACAAAACUCAUCAGAACCUGUUGUACGCUCCCCUGCCCCAACACCAUCUCCCUCCUCCAACCACCUUCACAAUCACACUGACCAGCGUGGUGAAGUAUGGUUAAAAACAAAAAGCCAUGACAGACAUAAUAUUGCGAUGUCUUUAUCCACGAGUGGAUUAAGAAUUUACGUAAUUUGUGUUUAUUUUGCAAUUGUGUUAUUGGAACUACAGGCAGUAAGCAGUGGCACCAGAAAUCCGAAACGUGCUGAAUAAAAAAACACCGGUCAGGUCGCAGAGUCCUCUUCGGUGUCUGAUUAGUGUGGCUAAAAUGCUUGCGGUGAUGUAUAAAUAUAAUUUGCGCAUAUCUGUCAACCCCUUAUCAGUGCCCUACCUUAUUACAAACCAAUGCAGACAUUAUUGGUCUCCCCGUGCCCCUUAUAAAUCUCAACGUUCAUCCUACAAAUUCCCAUCACAAGGGAGAAAUACAAACAAAUAGACAAAAACUAUUUUUUACUCAAUUUCCCUAUACAAGAAUGCAGGUAAACCGUAUGGGGGUUGACAGGUAUGUUUGCGUGACCCAUGUCAGAGUGGUCGCGUGUGAAGUCACAUCGCCUUGUGCUAACCCUCGGCAAUAAGUUGUAAGAAUGCAGUGUGUAUAAAGUGUUGUAUGAGUUUUUAAUAUUAAAUCAUCCAAUGUGUAACUUUCUUUUAAGCGUGUUAAUGUUUAUAGAUUUGUAGAAGCUAAUAAAAUCAUAGCUUGAGUUA